AAGGACGCCCUGAAACUGGCCGAGAUGCAGGAGCAGACGCCGCAGCUGGAGCAACAGUCCAAGCUCAAAGAGUCUCAGGCCGCUGUGGAGCAGCAUAAGAGCGAACAGAUCCGGCUGCAGGCCGAGGAGGGAAGGAAGACCAUAAGCGAGGAGACCCGGCAGCACCAGAAUAGGGCCCAGUAUCAGGACAAGCUGGCUCGGCAGUGCCACGAGGACCAGCUGAAGCAGCAGCAACGUCUCAAUGAGGAAAAUUUACGGAAGCAAGAAGAGUCUGUGCAGCGGCAGGAAGCCAUGCGGCGAGCCACCCUGGAGCGGGAGAUGGAGCUGCAGCAUAAACACGAGGUGCUGCAAGUGGAGGCUGAGGCCCGGGCGCGUGCCAAGGCCGAGCGGGAGAAUGCAGACAUCAUCCGGGAGCAGACCCGCCUGGAGGCGGCCGCGCACCGCCAGACCGUCUUGGAGUCCAUGAGGAUGGCUGGCACCUUAUUUGGGGAAGGAUUCCAUGCCUUGGUGACAGACUGGGACAAAGUAACAGCCACGGCAGCCGGGCUGACGCUGCUGGCUGUUGGGGUCUACUCUGCCAAGAAUGCCACGGCCGUUGCCGGCCACCACGUCGAAGCUCAGCUAAGGAAGCCAUCCCUGGUGAGGGAGACUUCCCGCAUCAUGGUGCUGGAGGCUGGGGCACCCCAUCUAGUCCCGAGACUUGGGUGUGCCGCCAUCUGUAAGGGAAGCUGCUACAGGCCACGGUGUAGUUUGGCGGCUGCUGUCCGCAGGGCGAUGGCGGCGUCUCCGCAGGUCACUCGCUCCUGGCCGGUCCUGGCUGUGCUUCAGGGCAGUUCCGUAUCUGUGUGUGAGCGAGCGUGUCUUUACGUCGGUGGCUGUGCUGUGGCCUUGGUGAGUGACCCAAUGGCGCUUUCCCUUCCCCACCGGCAGGUCAGCCAGCGACUCCUCCGUCGGCCCCAGGACGUGCUGGAGGGCCUUGUGCUCAGGCCCAGCCUGGAAGCACGGAUGCUCAACCUUGCCAUAGCAACAAGGAACACCAAAAAGAACCGGAGCCCGUACAGGAACGUCCUGCUGUACGGGCCGCCGGGCACCAGGAAGACGCUGUUUGCCAAGAAACUCGCCCUGCACUCAGGCAUGGACUACGCCAUCAUGACAGACAGGGACGUGGCCCCCAUGGGUCGAGAAGGCGUGACCGCCAUGCACAAGGUGUUCAACUGGGCCAGAUCCAGCCGGCGCGGCCUCCUGUUCUUCAUGGAUGAAGUGGAUGCCUUCCUUCAGAAGCGAGCCACUGUGAGUGUCACUAAGCCUCUGUCCGGCCACAGGUGUGUGGUGAAGUGGGACAUGGCGUAUGCCUCCGAGGACGGGCUUCUCACUGAGGCCAUGAUGGAUGCCUGCAUGCAGAAUGCUGUCCAGCAGCACCAGCAGAAUAUGCACUGGCUGAGACCUGGAUCGGGCCAGACAGUGGACGCAGCGUACAGGGAAAAGACAGUGGCUUCAAACAUGCUGGUGUGA